AUGAUGUUCUCAAGACUAGGUCGCGCACGCCUAGGGCGCGUGCAUGCGCCCUUCACCCGAAUGUCAAGAACCUUCUCGACAAGAAGUUCGUACUCAAACACCAAAAUCUCAAUUGCGACCGUUGGUUUUAUCAGCGCACCUGGAGUUUGGUGGUGGGCAACUGUCCAGGAUGAUGUACCCUCUCUUGAAGGUCCAUCUGUGGAGCCGUCGGUAUCCGAGCCGACCUUAUCCCGCGAAGAAGUCAGCCGUGUACUAUCCAAAGACGCAUUCUCCCACCGUGUGAACAGCAUCACCGGUGUCCAAAGAUACGAUGGGACCCAAUUGGCAUCAAAUAGCCCUUGCGAAGAUCGAUUCAUCCAUGGUAAAUUCACCUCGCCCUGGAAUGAUAGUGACAAAUGGAUGUCCUGGGCUGUUUUCGAUGGACACGCAGGCUGGCAGACAGCCCACUUGUUGACAAAGCAACUAUUGCCCUUUGUUCAGCAAAACUUGGGUCAGAUCAAGGCUUCAGCCGAUGGAUCUUCAUCAAACGAAUUGGUUCAGCAUGCUAUCAUGAAAGCGUUCGUCGACCUCGAUGACUCAAUUAUUGAGACUGCGUUAGCUACUUCCCAGAGCAAGAUGUCCUUGCAAGAAAAGGCCAAGAAGCUGGCUCCGGCUUACGCAGGAUCAUGUGCGUUGCUAUCCUUAUACGAUUCCCUCACUAGCACGCUGCACGUUGCAUGCACCGGAGAUUCGAGGGCUGUCUUGGGACAAAAAGGGCCGGAUGGGAAAUGGAAAGCAAUCCCGUUGUCGGUAGAUCAGUCCGGUCGGAAUGAAGACGAGAUUGCUCGGCUUUACAAGGAGCACCCUGGCGAAGAAACCAUUGUUAAAGACGGACGUGUCCUUGGAAUCAUGGUAUCGCGUGGCUUUGGAGAUAGCAGGUGGAAAUGGCCUCUGGAAUUCCAGCAGAAGAUGAAAGACCAUUUCAAUGGCCCGGCACCCCUCACGCCUAGAUACGACGUUCGCACGCCACCAUAUUUGACCGCUGAGCCUGUUGUGACCAGUACCAAAAUAGACCCCAGCCAGCCUUCAUUCCUGAUUAUGGCAACGGAUGGUCUAUGGGAUAAUAUAUCCAGUGAGCAGGGUGUCGAUUUGGUGGGCAAAUGGCUCGAGUCACCACAGGAUCGAAAGAACAACCCAGAUCCGACUUACGAGCCGUUUGAUUUUGGGCAGUUCCAUAAAGGUGUGGACUGGAGGUUUGUGGAAGAGCGAACAACAAUCCAAGAUGAGAAUGCAGCAGUACAUCUGGUGCGCAACUGUCUAGGUGGGAAUCACCACGAGCUACUUGCAGGGCGGCUUGCUUUUGACUCUCCGUUCUCCCGUCAUGUACGUGAUGAUAUCACGGUUCAGGUUGUGUUCUUCAAUGCCGGAGAUAAACCUUCAUGA